AAACAGUACUUGUGGUUUCACUGACUGACACAGACUGCACUUUGUAAAUAUCACACAUCUUCCUGUUUUCUUUUUUUUCCCGUUUUUUCUGUUUUGCCACAUUUAUCCUGUCAUGAUGUUGUCACGCCUUCAGGCUUGUUGGGUGUGACUUCACUCUGGUUGGUUAAUGCCUAAUCUCAGCUAGUCAGGCAGACAGUACCGUGAUAUCUUAGACUGCUUUGGUUCUCUCUGCGUGUCUGCAUCAAGGCCCAGGAUUUCAUAGCUACACAGGGCCCAUUGUGAUGGCUACAGAAGUGUUUCUCCAGCAGCUGAUCACAAAUCCUGACAAACUCAACAGUUUCGUGGAUGAAGCUAAAGACUGGGCUUUGCACCAUGGGGUUAUACAAAGGACAUGUGAGACCCCCAAUUCGUCAGAGGUCGUGACAUACAUUCCAUUCACGCUCUUCCCAACUCCUGUGCCCGAAGCUGCCAUUCUCCAGGCUAUGGCGGUGCAAACUCACUUCAACACACUGGUGGACAAGAUCAGCCAGGACUCCGGCUUUCUCGAAGAGGCUCUGGCAGGUACUGUCCAAGCAGAUGAUUUCACAGCCAGGUUGUUUGGUAUAUAUAGGCAGAUAGAGCAGGAAGGUUUGAAACAGUCCAUUACACUCAGUUUGAACCGGUCUGACUACAUGCUGGAUGAGGGUGGGAGAGGAACAUAUUUCUUGAAGCAAACAGAAAUCAACACAAUUGCUGUAGGUAGUUUUGGUACAACUGACAGCCUGCCUGCAGUGCACAGGCACAUGCUGGAAUCUGCUGGUUUGUGGGAGGAGACUGAACGCGUUAAGGAUGCCAACAAUACUCCUCGAAUGAGUGCCGCCCUUGCCAAGGCCUGGGAGCUUUAUGGUCAACAGAAGGCAGUGAUUCUGUUUCUAGUGGAGGAGUUGCAGAUAAGCCAGCUCACUCACCGUUGCAUUGAGAGAGUGCUUUGGAAAAGGAAAAUUCCUGCUAUCCGGAGAAAAUUCGAGGAAGUGUCGAGACAGGCAUCUCUAGACAGCGACAAAAGAUUGUUUGUAGAUGGGCUGGAGGUAGCUGUGGUGUACUACCGCUAUGGCUACAUGCCAGACAACUACACUGAAGAGAGUUGGGAUACUCGUCUUCUGAUGGAGCGCUCCCUGGCUGUGAAAUGUCCAGAUAUUGGCACCCACCUGGCUGGAACCAAGAAGGUCCAGCAGGCACUCAGCCAACCUGGAGUCCUGGAGAGGUUCUUCCCCAACCAGCCUCAAGUAGUGGAGCAGAUCAGAGGUACAUUCACUGGCCUCUACACUCUGGACAUGGGUCCAGAAGGGGAUCAAACUGUGGCCAUGGCAUUGGCCAAUCCAGAUAAGUUUGUUCUAAAGCCUCAGAGGGAAGGAGGAGGGAACAAUUAUUUUGGAGAGGACAUAGUUCGAGUGCUAACAGAGCUUAAAAAUGACAAAAUGAGAGCAGCUUAUAUCCUGAUGGACAGGAUCCAACCCAGAACACAACAAAACAUCCUGCUGAGGAGAGGACUGCCACUCUCACUCAACACUGUCUCUUAUGAAAUAGGAGUUUUGGGAGCCUAUGUGAGGCACGAUGGAGAAAUUGUUCUCAAUGAAGCUGUUGGUCCUAUUUUGAGGACAAAGCACGUCGAACAAAAUGAUGGUGGGGUAUCUAAUGGAGUGAGUGUGUGUGACACUCCACUCCUGAUCUGAACAAUCAGAUGAAAGUAAGAGGGCAGGAGAGGUGCUGAGGUAGCACCGUGGGAGGUCCUCCCAGCAGCCUGACCCUAUAUAAAUUCACAUGAAUCAUUUUGCUCUGGGCCAGUUAUCUACUACUGUGAAUCCUGCUGAUUCAAUCCUAACCUUUAAGUUAGACAUCAAUAAAGCUGUCCAGUCCUCCUCCUUCCAAAUAACCCCAAUGAACAAAAUUUAACCAACCCUGUCAAAAUCUGACUUUUGCUUUUACUUUUUCUAGGCUCGAUUCCUGCAGUUAUGAACAAAGUCACACACUUACCUCGGGAGGACUCAGAAUGCAGCAGCUUGUCUUACUGCUUUUAGCAUCACUUCACCUCAUCAGCUUUUUUUUUUUUUUUUUUUUAAUACAUUUCUUAUUGCUGCACGGUCUUUUACGUCAUUGAGUGAGAAGAUUAAAUAAUGGCAAAAAAUGUAUUCCAUUGUCUAAAUCACAUUGUUUACAUCAUGAAGAAAGCCAGUGUAAUCUGUUUUGUGGGAACAAUUUCAGUUUUCUCUCCUUUUUAACCCUUAGAUGCAUAAGUGGGGUCAAAUGACCCCGGGGGUGGUUGUUCUUCAAAAUCUCUGAAAUUAAAAGUUUUUAAACUUCA